UGUGUUUGUACGCAAACACAAAGAAGCUAGAGUUUAAAGUACACUUUCGAAGGAUGAAGACCCUAAAAUUUAUUGGUGCUGAGGUAUUUAUAUCAAAUCAAGAAUAUGCUCAAAGAAACAUAAAGACUCUUGCACACAAUCUUUAUCCACUUUUAUUCAAAGCAAGUUACCUACACGAAAAAGAAGAAAUAAUCCAUGCAUUAGUAGAAAACUGGCCUCUGGAAGAUUUUCAUUUGGGAAAAUUGCUAGGCAAAACCGUUGAUUGUCCUGAAGACAUCACUCAUUGGACAUGCCACCAUAGUUUAUCAGCUUGUCUAUGGGGCUUGAAGAGUUAUGUUUUAAAUUGUUCUACAAUGUAUUCAAAGAGACUUAAAGUUGUGGACAUUUCGGCUAUAAAAGAUGUUGAAAUUCAAGAAUGCAAGUGCAAGAAACCCUUAGGUCGAUGGGAAAGGACCAAGUUGCUCUCACAGAUUUGUUAUGAUCUUUUGAUCGAAAUGCAGAAAGUGAAAUUGUACCCAUCUAUAUUUGAAGUUGAUAUUGAUGUGUUAUGUAAUAUUUACAUUACAGAAAGAAGCUAUGAGCUUGUAGUGCAAGCUUUACUCAUGAGGUGUCAUUCCCCACUCAAGAUUCGAUGCUAUAAUUUUAGAGCAGACAAUCUUUCUUCAAACAGGUUUUUUUAUGUAGUAAAGCUUGCUGAACCUGCUUUCUUGCAUAAAUUAGAAGUUGUUCACAACAUACGGUUAGGACUUUAUGAUCUUCAAGUCCUUCUGCACAAAUUUCAGUUCCCACAACUUGUUUCACUCACUUUACCUGCCAGAACAUUCAAUGUUACCCAACACACAACAGAAGAUGAUGCAAUUUUAAGUGACAUUGGGGAGAAGCUAAGUAACAUGACACAUCUGUCUGAAAUAACCCUUUCCUUCUCUACUCUUACUGGAAGACUAAGAAAACUACUAAGCGUAUUGAAGACACCUUUAAAAAUACUUGACGUUGCCAACUGUUCUCUCAACAACAUAGAUAUGGCAUAUUUGGCUAACAGCCUACAUUCUGAGCAUUUAGAAGUACUGGAUCUGAGUGGCCAUAAUGUGACAGUACUGUUCCCAACAACAUUCUUUAAACUUCUUUCUAAAGCCUCGCAGACAUUGAAAACUUUGGUGCUUGAAGAAUGUGACAUUGAUGAUACCCAUGUCCAUAUGUUGGCUUUGGCUCUGACAAACUGUUUCAAAUUACAGGAGUUUAAAUUUCUUGGAAAUCCAAUGACAUCUCAGAGUAUUAGGCACGUUUUUCGCAUGCUUGCUGUUCUUCCUUCGUUGAAGUAUGUUGAAUUCCCGGUACCAAAAGACUGCUAUCCUCAUGAUGUAAUGUAUCCACUAGAUGACAGUAGCCUCACAAAAUUUGAUCAUGAAAAAUACAAUAGGGUAAAGGAAUCUCUUCAAGUUAUUUUGAUGCAAGCUAACCGAGAGGAUAUAAUAGCUGUAACACCUCUAUUUGGGAGUUAUGAUGCAGCAGUACAAGAGAUCAGCAAUGAACUUGGUACAUGUCUAAUCACAUCAUUCAAAGAUACACUGGAAAAAGUCAGAGCAUCCUUGGAGAAGUUGUAACACAUGUCUAUUUGUAAGUUUUACUGUUACCCUUGUAAUUAUAAUCUCAUAUGGGCAACAAUUUAUGCAUGCAACAUGAACUGUUUAAAUAGACGCGCUUUAUAUCUUAAAGGAGCAGUCCAAGCAUCAUAGCCAAUACAGUUUGUUGUAGUGUUUAUGGUGCCAUGGGUACCCUGGCACAUUCCAAGAGUAAGUAGACAAACCAAUCAGAAAGUUGUAAUAGUCAUAGUGCUUGAAGUCUUCCUAUAAGGUAUAGAUAUGCUUCAAAGCACGGAAUUGAAAGCACAGCUGUAUCAACAACCAAACAGUCAAAGUGUGGAUUGUGAUAUAAAUAUAUAUAUAUAUAUUUAUCAAAAGUGCACACAACCAAAUGGUGCUUGAAAUAUACAAAGUGCGCUUAUAUUAAAGUGCAUACAAAUAUUUAGAGCAGCUGCAUCCACUUACAAUUACUGACAAAGUGUUCAAAAGCUUUUAUAACCAUACAAAAGUGUUGCACCUAAAAUAUGCAAGUUAAAAAAUUAUCAAUACUUAUGUAUACAGUAACAAGAUCUGUUGUACAAACAGUUUUCUUAAAUAUCUGAAAAAUAAAGAAAUACUUCAUAA